AUGCCUAAGUUCCCCACCCCUUCGCGCUGCCGCCGCAACCUUCACCAUGCCGGCCUUCGCCUCCGGCCCCUCUUCGACGUCUUGGACAACAGCUACUUCUUGAAGUGGGCCAUUGAGAUCCACCAGAAACCAUUCCCCCCUCCUGGGGUGCCGUACUUGGAUGACCAGCAAGGCUGGGAGGACUACCUCAGCUUCGACGUGCGCACUCAGGAGGAGUUGGAUACAGAGGAACCAACCCCCAGCCCGGAACAACAGGACGGCCCUCGCAAUGGCAUCGAAGUUGUUGCUACUGCUGCAGCUGCAGAUGAUCUUCUCGACUAUGAGAUUGGCCCACUGGCUAUCUGUAACCCUGACCGCCCGUCUGUUCUCCAGGGAGAACCGCAAGCGUCACUUUCUCCAACCGAGGCCUUUCUUUUCCCUCCAUAUGGGUCCCUGACUGUCUGCAACCCGGACUCAGAUGAGGCCCUCCCAGAAGAGCAGGAAGGUGUCUCUGAAACCCCGCAGAAGUAUGUUCUCUCACAAGCGCCUGCCUCACCUGCUUCGCCUCCCUACCAAUCAUUUGGUCUUGAGGAUGGCUGCGAACGUGCCCCUUCUGGUGACUCCAGCGACGUUUACCAGGAGGAGCACAUCUUCUUUUGGUCACCCGAGACUGCUCAAGCCGUCCCGCUUCUCCCUGUGCACCAACCUAGACUGGUCACUGUUCCCUCACCCCCUGCACCUCCCUACCGAACCCUGCUCAGCCAAAACCCACGUAGGCGUGGCGUUAUCUUUCCCUUCCUCUAA